AUGUCAACGAACAAGCUUGAAGGCUUCAAACCCUACCAUGCCAACGUGCCCCAGCUCAUCGAAGCAGCGGAGCGAAGUGUACAAUUGAGCGGCAGUCUUGCGGUCGACUUCCCUAGAAUUGGUAUCCGUGAAUUAUUCUCCUCCUCCACGAUCACCGACCCUGCAGAGAAGGGUGAGCUCGUCGUCGGUGCUAUCUAA